GUAGGGCCGGGGGAGAUGCUGCUGCUGGGGGUCCGCGGGGCGCUGGGCUGGGCCUGGAGCUGCCGCCUGCCAGGCCCCGGCUGGGGCAGGGGGGUCAGCGGGGCCCUCCGCCUGCAGGAGACGGUUUAUAGCCCGCUUGUUCAGCCAGCCAGAGGUUAUGCCAGGCCUGUCAAAAAGAGGAAGCAAGUGCUCCCCAGCCAUCUGGAUGACCUUCCUCCUACCAUGCUGAAGAAAGAUUAUGCCAAUGUCCCAAUAAUAGAUAAGGUUGAUGAUGUAGUGAAAAGGCUAUUGUCUCUGGAAAUGGCCAGUCAGAGAGAGAAAGUGAAGAUAAAGACGCAGCAGUUGAUCGAGAAGGUCAGGAGGACUCCCAGUGACAAUGGUUCCUUCGAGGUGCAAACUGCUAUUUUAACUGCCAAGAUUCAAACUCACCAGGAGCACCUGCGGAUGUACCCCAAGGACAAAAGUAACCGGCGUCGCAUGCUGAUGGCCAUAGAUCGCCGGAAGAAACUGCUCAAGUACCUGCGUCGCACCCGCUAUGAGACUUUUGAGCACACGUGCAAGCAGCUGGGCAUCCAGUACACGUUACCGCCACCCUAUUGCAGGAGAAUGACCCGGCGAUGGGUCGCUAAGAAGGCUUUCUGCCUCAAGGUUUUCAAUGAGGUACAGAAACUGAAAGCACCCGAGAGGCUAAAACAGAGACGAGAAUGGCAAGCAAAAGCAAGGGCUGCCAAGGAGCAGACGCUGCAAAGUGAAGGGACCCCAGUAUAGCAGCACUCUGAGCAGAUCUCGCAUUCCAUGCCUGCAUGUGAAAAAUGUGUCCCUCCAAAAUACAAUAAAUGAUUUUAAAGCUA